AUGUUAUUUCAAAAUUUAAUUUUGAUUGCGGUUUUCGGAAUUUCAACAGUUUUUUCAAUCGAAUGCUAUGCGGUGGGUUUUGAAUUAAAAUGAAUGAUAUUUUAGGGGAAAAAAGCAGAAAUUUAGGAAAUUGUUUUCAAAAGUCACUUAAUUUUGAAUGAUUCACGUGAACUAUUUUUCGGAAUUUUAUUUCGUGAAAAAAAUGAAUUGAAAAUUCAAAAUGAAAUUUUUUGAAUUUGAAUCUCGAAAAACGUUUAGAAAUUUUCAAAAAUCUUAUUGAUUGUGAUUAGAUUCCGAAAAUACCGUAAUCCACAUAAAAUAAGUAUUUCUGAAAUUCCGGAUUUUUUUCUAGAUGUUAAACAAAUAUUGAAAAACAUGUUAUAAAUUACAAACAAAUUAAAUUCCAACGUUUUUCCAGGGUCUCAAAAUAUUAAAAGGAACAUCUGUAGGAACAACAACAAUCAAAUGUGAUAAUUCAGCCGCAUAUUGUUAUAAUAUGACAGCUUCAGCUGCUGCAGUUAUUGAAGUUACAAAAGCCGGAUGUAGUAUGUGGAGGUGUAUGGUAAUUUAUUACAGUAACCCGAUCUGAAUUUAUCUCUCUGAUUUGUUUUUUUUUUUAGUUGGCUCAAAACAAAUGUAUUUCAACAACUUUCCAAAAUAUUCCAAUUUCAUUAUGUUGUUGUAAUACUCCAUUUUGCAAUGUUGCUGAAAAUGGAAAUGUUAUUCAGUGAGUUUGAAUAUUUUCAUGAAGAAAAAGAUUAGAAAAAUUUAGACCUCAAAAUACUGGAGGAUGGAAUGCUGAACCAGAACAUACAAGAACUGAUUUGACAAAAGAUGAAGUUGAAAGACGUUUCAAUUCAGCAGAACUUGAUGAUGAUCAUUCGCAUCAAUCAACAAGAGCAACUCGAUUUAUUCAUGAAAUAACACAAAAUAUUACAAAAGAAGCGGUACAAAAUGAAACACUUUCAGAAGAGGAAAUCAAACUUCUUCUCUAG